UGUUGUUGUCAGUUGUGACUUAUGGACUAUGGUUUAUGUUGAAUUUUGCUAGAACUUCAUCUUUAGUUCAAGUUCAAAACUCUUAAUUAGAAAAGUUUAAAUAACAUGUACCAUUCUAUUCCAAGAUAAGGUAAAAUCGAUCUAAUUAUGAUGUCAAGAAACAUAAGUAGAUUCAUUAAAUUUUCACUAUUCAGUGGCGUGACUAUUGGAAGUGGUGUUGUGGCUCUUAAAUAUCAUGAUGCUGAUUCCUUAGCAAUAGUAAGGCUUAGCAGAACUGCGUACACUGCUGUUGACAUAGGCAGGACUUAUCAGUCGAUGCUGUAUAGCAAGGAAUGGGAUAAAAGUUCCAAAGAAUAUUUGGCAGUCAAAAGUGAAGCUCACCAAAUUGGGGCAGAGAAACUGCUUAAAUUAUGCAAAGCCAACAGAGGUGUGUACAUAAAAGUUGGUCAGCAUGUUGGUGCUCUAGACUAUUUGCUGCCCAAUGAGUAUGUACAGACUAUGCGUAUUUUACACAAAGAUGCUCCUAAGAAUACUGUUGAAGAGUUGUACGCUGUUAUAAAAGAGGAUCUUAAACAAGAUCCAAAGGAAUUGUUUGAUGAAUUUGACCCUGAACCUUUAGGCACCGCUUCAUUAGCACAAGUCCACAGAGCAAAGUUAAAAGACGGAUCAGAAGUGGCUGUCAAAGUACAACAUCAUUUUGUGAGGAAAAAUACUAGUUUUGACUUGAAAUGGAUGGAGUUCAUUAUAAAUGUUAUGUCGAGGGUGUUUCCUGAUUUUCAAAUGCAGUGGCUCAUCGAAGAGACGAAAAAGAAUAUUGCAAAAGAGUUGGACUUCUUGCAAGAAGGGAAAAACGCUGAGAGAGUUGCGGAUUUGUUCAAAAACUACACUUGGCUUAAAGUGCCAAAAAUUUUUUGGGAAUACAGUACAGAGAGGGUUUUAGUGAUGGAGUAUGUCAAUGGGGGUCAAGUCAAUGAUGUUAAUUAUAUAGAUAAACACAAUAUAAGCAGGCCUGACUUGUGUACAAAGUUGGGUGAUCUGUAUUCGCACAUGAUAUUUGUGACCGGUUUUGUACACAGCGACCCACAUCCUGGCAACAUCCUGGUGAAAAAGAAUCCCCAGGACAAAGAUGUCACCGUGUAUUUAUUGGAUCAUGGUUUGUAUGCACAACUAACAGACAAAUUCCGGUACCACUAUUCAAAGCUAUGGCUUUCAAUAAUAUCGAGAAAUAAAGACCAAAUGAGGGUACAUGCUGAAGAAUUGGGGAUAGAAGGAAAUCUGUAUGGAUUAUUUGCUUGCAUGGUCACUGGCAGGCCGUGGGAUGCCAUAAUAAAAGGCAUAGAAAUAACCAAGCCAUCAUCAAAGGAGAAAACAGUUUUUCAAAACGAAUUACCAAAUUUUUUGCACCACGUCACCCAAUGUUUGGAACAUGUGGACAGACAGGCGUUGUUGGUACUGAAGACUAACGAUCUGAUACGCAGCAUAGAGUACUCUCUCGGCAUGCAGGAGAGGAUGUGCGGUUUCAUGGUGAUGACCAAAUGUUGUACGGAGAGUGUAUACAAACUUGAAUAUAAGAACGAGAGCUCAAUGCUAAGAAGACAGUUUCUCAACACAAAAUACAUGUGGUCACUAUUUGUGCUUUACAUUUACGGGAUAUAUUUGUCCAUGCGAGUAAACUUUAACCUAAAUAGCUAAUAUUAAUAAGCACACCCAGGGCCGAUAUGCGGCCUUCAAAGUGAAGUGAACCUUAUCACUACUAUUUAAAGUUCACUUUGCUUUGAAGAAAAUUGAGGUUUAAACCUUAAUCAAUGUUUAUAAAUAUGGCUAAUAGAGUUUAAAAAUCAACACCAUGUAAAUUUAGUUAAAUCGUUUUUUGUUAUGUGUCAAUAUUAUUAAUGCUGACUGUACCUAGAUUGUGUACGUGCUCCGAUGUUAACCAAAUAUAUUUAUUAAGCUUGCGACGCUUUAAAUAUGUAAUAUACCUAAUAUCAUGGUUAAUGUAUGUGUCAUGUCAUGUAAAAAGAACAUUAAAACAACUAGUAACAAAUUAUUGACCGAGCAAUUCUUGUAACCUGUUUUAUUUUGAGAAUGUUGUGAAAACUGUUAAUAAGUUAAGCUCACAGCGUAUGAUAUUAACUGUUAGUUGUCCUAAAUAUUUUGAUAUCACGUAAGCUCUCAUUCGCACGAGAGUUUUUUUAACGGACGUUAAAAAUGCGUUCAAAUAUAGUAUGAAGUUAAAUCCAACAACAACAAUCCUACGUCCAAAAUUGAAAAUGCAACACUGCUCGAAAAAAAGGCGUCGUGUUUUAAAAACGCUGUCGUGUGAACAUAUACUUGGGAAUGCAUUUGUAUUUGAACGCUUUUCUAACGUCUUUAAAAAUCUCUCGUGCGAAUGAGGGCUAAACAACUAACGUCUUAUACACAGUGGCAUGAUGGCAUAUUGAGUACACAGUGCGUAUGUGCUUGUUUUUCUGUGUGUCUAGAUUUCCCACCAAUGCAAAAAGUAUAUUUACGUUAUUUUAUAUCUCAAGUUAAAUAUUUUAUUACAGAGCAAAAGAUAAAACUUAUUAAUUAAUUCAACUGCGUAUUUUAGACUUAAUAAUUUUCUUACGUGUAUAGUUUUUCUCUGUCAGUGUUCUUUUUACGUGGCAUGUGAUAAUGUAAAACGGAUAGCCACUUUAGUUGUAAUAUAUUAUUUUUUUAUAAUGGUGGUGAUGAUAAUUUAUUAUUGUUAUCCCUAGAUUUCAAACUUAAAUAUCAAAACCAGGGUUAAGUUAUAUUUUGAUUAUCGUGCAAUUUAAAAUGCAAUAAAAAAUAUAUCCUUUGAAAUUAAGGACUUCCAAGUAAAUCAUCGAAUUAUAUGAUAAUUUUUUUCCAGUUUGAUUAGGCCAGUGCACAAAUAUCUCACAAAUAAAAAUACUGUACCAAUUUUUUUUUUAGUUCUAAUAUUAAUAGCAGAUUUCCUAGUCAAACUCAUGUGCUUACCUCAAAUGUCUACCUAUAGCACAUUUUAUACCAGUACAUUAGCAGACAUUUUAUAUUUUGUAUACAAUCGUAAAAAAAAUCGAAAUUAAGUAAAUGACACGAAAUUAUUAUAGUACCUAAAGGUAUUUAUUUAUUGUAAAAAAAUGUAAUAUUUGAAGAAAAUAAAAUUAUUUUUAAUAAAAUAA